GUGCGUAGAUAGUGGGCUGUUCUAUGCUGCUUCUGGUGCGCGCUGUGACUACAGUAGAUGUCAGCCCUCGGCGGGGGUUUUGCUUUUCCUCUGGCAUUUUGUGACCUGAGCUCAAGUUCAUUUUUCUCACAACCGAAGUGAUUCAAGUCAUUCGGCUUACAUCGGUGGUUUUGGGGUCUCGUGGUGGAUGUUUAGUAUCGACCGUAACUGGUGAGGAGCGAUGGCGGUGCGAUCCUUUUACUGUGUUCUCACGGAAACACCACAGUUUCCCUUUUUUCAUUCAGGGAUGUCCAAACUUUUCCCAGCGAGGGCUGAAAAACGAAAACAUGUAAGGGCCACUAUGAUAUUUUGUGAAGAUUUGCUAAGAAGUUAUAUAUAUUCAAGAAAAAACUGCCUCUCAGCUUAUUAUUAGUAUCAACUUUCGUCUUUGAUAGUGAUGUGCGAUACCACAGAGAUGCCCAAACGGAGAUUCGAACCCAGGCUGGUUCCAGACCCUACCGUGUUGAAUGAAUUCACGCAAUAUAGGAAUCAAUGUUAAUAAAUGUGUAGUGCAUAGAAACCUGUUUAUGACUUUCUAAAUACGGGUUUUAACAUUAUUAGAGCCCUCUAGGCAUGAAAUAACACCCCUAUAGUUACCUUUACACUCCUGUUAUUCUUUGUCUACACCGCAUUGCGACUCUUAUGCUGCAGGGACUUGAGAUGGCUGCCAGCUGGAACACUAACAAGCUAACCAGUUAGCCUCAAGUUUAUUUCUUCUAAAGUUAAGAUGACAAAAACUUACCACUUCCACACGGAAUGGGAGGAGAACUUUUUUUCCACUCUAUCAUGUCGGACGUGCUGACUUCAUAACUUCAUGCUUCGUUCACUGACUCAGUCAAUCGCAGCCAUUUUUCUUCAGUAGCGGACAUUUGAGAUCAUUUUGACUGAUCUUUCAAAUGUGAAUUCAUACCUUUCAAGCAUACCUUUUGACACAAUAUACCAACAUAAACAACACAAAAGGGGCUUGUUUUACACCAAAAUAACAAUUUAGUUGCUCUCAUGUUUUUGUGUCAAGGACAGUGGUUUCAUGUGAUUUCUGAGUUAAUUUAAAAUGUGGAAACGGGUUCAUAGCUGGUAAAUAAAUAUGUUUCAAACGUACAGUAAAAAUGGUUAAAAAGCUACAAGUGAGACAUCUUCUCCCAAAAGAAUCGUUUCGGUGGCAGCAAGAGUGAGUGCUCGUCACGCUAGUAGACAAUCUUUGACGUUUUCCCCUCUCUCCGUGAAGCACAAGCUAGCAACGGCAGAAAGGAAGUUUGACAAAGCUCACAAACAAGCUGUGUUUGCUCUAAAUCGUUUGAGCCUUGGGAAACUUUGGUCUUUGUGAGUAUCUGUGUGUGCAAAGUACUUAAGAUAUCCAUCUCAAAAGUUCCUGAACUAUUCUUUGAACGUGUUUGUAAACUUGAUGGUGUUUAUGUGGCUGUUAGCUACUGUAUGUAUCAGCUAGCUACUCCUGUUAGCAUACUUAAUGUACAAGUACAUUUAUUAGGGGUGCAACGAUACACAAAAGUCACGUUUCUAUUCCGUUCGAUACGUUUCUGUUUGGGUUUGAUACUUUUUCGACACACAAAAAAAUGACCUUGCCUUUUGAAUUAAAACAUUUUUCAACAUUUUCAGCAUUUUAUGAAUGUGGGAGGCGGAGCUUGAGAGUGCAACCCAGGCAAGAGCAGUCCAUCGCAGAUACACCGAGCUUUCAGCACAGAGAGGCGUGCCCUGCGAUUGGCUGUCGACCAGUCCAGGGUGUACCUCGCCUCUCACCCCAAGUCAGCUGCGAUAGGCUCCAUCGUACCCCCACGACGCUAGUGAGGAUGAGUGGAAUAGAAAAUGGAUGGAUGGACGGACAUUUGAAAUUGCGUGUGAGCAUGCGUGUGCGCAUGUGUGCGUGUGCAUGUGCUAAAAUGUCUCUACGAUGCGUAACCUUCUGCAUGCUGCACUCCUCCACACUCUUCCACGUCCUCCUUCCUGUCAUGUGUGAUUUUUCCGUUCACUUGAUCUCUGCCGAGCUCUCAUCAAAUGCACUUCUGCCACCUUGUGGCCGUUUUUAUGGCUUAAAUUUGCUCCGAAGUGAAAUGCAUUAGUGGAGAGUUGCAUCAUCACCUCUGAAAAGGCGUCUAAAUACUUUGUUGGUAUUGAAUGAGUUAAAAUGUGAAUUUCUGAAAAAACGCGACAUAGCGAGCGUGCGGUGAUUGAACGGCGACACUGCGAGGGACGACCGCACACACGCACACACUCAAGCGUCACACUGAAGGCCUUUGAAAGAGCGAGACAAUCAAAAGUUGGGCUGCUAUUCUUUGUGUCCAGUCAGGCUGCAGGAUGUGGAGUUAGUGUUUUUGUUUAGGCGGACAUUUUUAGAAGACAAAACAAUGCCAGCGACGUCAUCAGAGUGCAGGGCCGACCCUCUCACACACACGCACAACAAUGGACACACGCACACACACAAUCAACACUCGGCUGGGGAAGUGUGCAGAAUACCAAUGUGUGAUGCAUGAGGAGAAUGAUGCAUUCACUGCCUUAAAUUAGCAGGGAUUUUACAGGACUGUAAGACUGGUGUACAGACAAAUGGUGACACACACACAUAUUGUGAGACAUUUCCUGCUUUGCUUUUCCCCUUCACCUUGUGUAGUAGCUUCUAUAUUUAGCUCCGUGCAUGAAAGGCAGGAACACUAAGUCGGGCAAACAAUUGCAGGAAGUCCAGCGGCCGUGUGGACAAACACGUCGCAAACUGGGAUCAGUGCAAGGAUAAGUCAAGAUCGAGGAGAUUGGUUCUAGUUGGUGUUAUGUCGGGUGUGGAAAGAUGUCGUUGAACUCGUUCAAGCCCAGCCGUUUUUCACAAGACAACCCCACGGAAUAUUGUGUUCUGUGGCUAUACAAACGUGGAACCUACCGAAAAAAAGAUUAGCGUCCCGUCUUUCAUCAAAAAAAAAAAAGUUUGUUUCUACCUCUUUCUGUUCUUUAGUAAUCAGCAGUAGAACAUAUGUAAGUUUCAGGAAAAUAUCAGUUCCUGACUAAAAAAAGGGAGCUUUUUGUGAAAAGUUACAUACCACAACACAAACAAGACAUCAAAAUAACAAUGUAUUUACAAAUAUAACACCAUGAACUCUUUACAAUUUUCACAUUUGGAACUAAACUAUGCGUGUGUGCGUGUGCAUGUGUUAAAAUGUCCCUACAAUGCGUAACCUUCUGCACGCUACACUCCUCCACGCUCUCUCGCUUUUAUUGCAGGUUUGAACGAUCAGACAACAGACACAAUACUCCCUCAUAACAACACAGGCUACUCUUGCAGCCGUAACCACGCCAAGCUAAAACUCAACUCUGAACAUCCAACGUCACUUCCUGUGUGCCCCCAACUCAGGUCCCCUUGGGGGACCAACACACACACAAGCAAGUCUUAUUUAUGUCUUAUUUUCUCUUAUUAUGUCUACUAUAUUGGGCGAUAGGAGUGUAAAGGUGACUAUAAGGGUGUUAUUUCAUGUCUGCUGCUCAUCUCGUCCAACAAAUUCAAUUAUUUUUCGGGUUAUUAGCUUAACCAUCUGACUGUCACACGCUGCACACUACACAGCAGGAAAGGGUCGCUGCAGGCUGCAAUAGUGCUAGCCACAGCCGAUCGGCGAUCAUGCUAUUCUUUUACGGAAAUCGGCCAAUACUGAUCGGUGGCUGAUCAAUCGGAGCAUCCGGAGUUAAAAUAGUUGUGUUUUUAUGUUGAACUCGUAUUGGUACUUGUAUUGUAUAUUUCCUAUCUACGGUUUGAGCGUUAAGUUGCCGUGUGAUGACUUUAGCCUUCCUUGUAAGAUGACACCCUGAGUCAGACUGUCAUACUGAGUAAUGACCUCCUGCCAUUUCCGAUGGCUUGGCAAGGUUGUCGUGAGUGCACUGAUAGCUCGCCCUGCCAAAGAAAGAGCUAGCGUUUCCUCACUUAGCCGCGAGCGGCGCAGUAUUUAAACGAUUAGUAGUAGUUCUGAUUUCUCAAGGAGAUGUCACGAGAUUAGGGUUCACCGUUAAAGAUAAAAGUGAGCGGCUCAUCCGCCAGAAUUUACGGUAAUUCACUUAUCACGGUCAGGUACUUAACCGCCGUAAACGACAUUUCUGACCCACGAUCUAGAUUAACUUUGGCAGCAGUUGACAAAGCAUGCAUGCGUGCAUGUGCUGCAAUGAUCUUUAUUCAUGCAAGGCUGUUAACAAAAAGCAGGUUUAUUUUUCCAUAGAGCUUCACGAUGGUCGUAAAUGUAAGACACAGACAACCUGCAGUGUUGCUGUGUGUGCGUGUGUGUGUGGUCACAUGGCUGGGAUCCUGCAGUGUUUACUAACAAGAGGAGGUCAUAUUGUGUUGUCUAAUCAGCGCCGAGCUCUGCUGCAGCUUGGAGCGUCUAAAAGCAGAAAUCUCCGUGAAGGAAGCACUUCUGGUGUGGAUGCUUUACUCUCACGCUGCCUUGCGCUGGGAGCGGGUAUCAUCACGGUUGGCGUUCUGCGUGUGCGUAUGUACAGUUCCUCUUGCUGUCAGACAUACUUUGGUGCGGACGAGUGACGAGUGACCCCUCCACCCUGCCACCAUGGGAACAUCAGCUCUGGGAAAGGAAGCUUCUCUUGAGGCGCUCCUCAAUGAGUCCAUCCAUGCAUUUGACGACAAUGGAGAGCUGGAGGCCAACCUACCUCGCAUGCUUCUGCUGAUGCAUCGCUGGUACAUCACAUCUUCAGAACUGGCUGGAAAGCUACUCAUGAUGUACCGUGAGUGCAAAGGUGAUGACUGCCAGAGAAGCAGACUCAAGAUUUGUUACUUAAUGAGAUAUUGGAUAGUGUCGUUCCCCGCAGAGUUCAACCUGGAUUUGGGUCUGAUCAGGAUAACGGAGGAGUUCCGAGAAGUGGCUGCGAAGCUUGGCUCUGAGGAGCAUUUCAAACUCAUUGACAUCUCCACCAUUCCUUCGUACGACUGGAUGCGUAAGUUGACCCAGCGUAAAAAGCAGGUGAAGAAAGGCAAAGCUUCGCUGUUGUUUGACCACCUCAAGCCCAUGGAGCUGGCGGAACACCUGACCUUCUUGGAGUUCAAGUCCUUCAGGAGGAUAUCGUUCCCUGAUUACAAGAGCUAUGUGAUGCAUGGCUGCCUGGUGGACAACCCAACACUGGAGCGCUCCAUUGCUCUGUUCAAUGGGGUUUCACAGUGGGUCCAACUCAUGGUCCUGAGCAAACUAACACCUCCAACCAGGGCAGAAGUCAUCACCAAAUACAUCCACGUGGCUCAGAAACUUCGGCAGCUGCAGAACUUCAACACUUUAAUGGCAGUGGUCGGGGGGCUGAGCCACAGUUCCAUUUGUCGACUGAAGGAGACUCAGUCCCAUCUGUCUGCAGAGGUCGUGAAGACGUGGAGCGAGAUGACAGAACUGGUGUCUUCCAACAAUAACUAUUCCUGCUACCGCAAGGCCUUCAGUGAGUGCCACGGCUUUAAAAUCCCCAUCCUGGGCGUGCACCUCAAGGACCUCAUAGCCGUGCAUGUGGUCUUUCCCGACUGGGCGGAAGAGCGCAAUAAGGUGAACCUGGUGAAGAUGCAGCAGCUCUACGUCAUGUUCAACGAGCUGGUGUCUUUGCAGAGCGCGGCGGCCCAAGCGGAGCCCAACAUGGACCUCAUCUACCUGCUAACACUUUCUUUAGACCUUUACUACACAGAAGACGAGAUUUAUGAGUUGUCAUUGCUAAGAGAACCACGGAACACGAAAUCACUGCCUACCUCUCCAACAACUCCCAACAAGACCCUUUUGCCCCUGGACUGGGCCUCAGGUGUCACCACCAAACCCAACCCCUCAGUGGUCAAUAAACACAUCAGGAAGGUGGUUGACUCUGUGUUCAGGAAUUAUGACCCCGACCACGAUGGUUAUAUUUCUCAAGAAGACUUUGAGAACAUUGCUGCUAAUUUUCCCUUCCUGGAAUCCUUCUGCGUUUUUGACCAAGAUCAAGAUGGGCUGAUCAGUAAAGAUGAGAUGAUCGCCUAUUUCCUUCGCGCAAACCCGCUGCUCCAGAUUCAAAUGGGUCCGGGAUUUAUGCAUAACUUCCAGGAAAUGACAUAUCUGAAGCCGACCUUCUGUGAACAUUGCGCUGGAUUUCUCUGGGGCAUUCUCAAACAGGGCUACAAGUGCAAAGACUGUGCUGUCAACUGCCAUAAACAAUGCAGGGAGCUGCUGGUUCUGGCUUGCAGGAAGCGCCUGCGUUUGGGUUCUCUGGGAUGUGUGACCCCUGAUGGACGAGCCCGCCGCUCGCUGCCCAGUGGUACCGACGAGGACGAGGUGUUUCACUUCUCUGCGGCCACGUCAGAAAGUCAGACUCGGGAGACAAAAAGCAUCACCCUGAUGACCGGCUCGGCCCAGAGGAUCUCUGUCCGCCUGCAGAGGGCCACCAUCAGCCAAGCCACUCAGACUGAACCUCUGUGGUCUGAACACAGCUGGGGGCCCACAGACGCCAGCUCUCACACCCUCCCCAAAAUGAAGCACCCGACUCACAAAGCUGCUGCCUGGUGGGAAAAGCAGGAAGACAAGCGGGGGCAGAAUGUUUUGGUCCAACGCAGCAGUCACUCUCAGAACACGACCGGUGUCCUUGGAGAGCUCGUGCAUGUGGCAGAUGGCAGGAUCACACCCACGGGGAAGGACAGCUGACUCGGCACGCGACGUGAAAGCUGCUCUCAGGGCUCCAGGAAGCCCACGACGGCUGCUGCCAACAAGGUCUCGUGUCUGGGAAGCCGCUCGUGGGAAGGUGUGAUCCGGAGAGGCUCCACGCACGGCGGAUAAAUGAACGCUCCUCCGACCUGAGACACGGAGGAACAUGGAACUUUGUUUGGAUUCUUAAGUAGCGUGUAGUUGAGUAAGUUCCUUUUCUUUCAGCUCCAGAUGGCACGCGGUUUGGAUGAGCGUUCAGACGCAAUUUAAGAAUAGCGUUUCAGCAGAACACGGACCUGCUGCUGCUGUUGUUGGCACGAAGAGGCAACCUUACACCCGCUGUGAGGACAUUUUUUACAACCAAAAAAUAUCAGACCACCACGUUGGCUUAAAAAAACAGAUUGUGCAAAAAAAAACUGAAAUAAAAAUUGCUGUAAACAUUUGUUCGGCCUGU